GAUAACAAUGCGAUGGGACGCUAAUCUUAUCAGUCCAAGGCUCAGUCACUGUUCCAAGAGCGACAGGAGGGCAAUCAGCAGAGUACUGACGGAGGAACGUGAAGCAUCGAACUUUUGAGAAUCGCACGGACCGCCCACCCGCCCUCGAGUCCCCUCCCACCAGGUCUUCCACGCCCACUAAUUUCCACGCCCACUCCUCCUCCACCUAAGCCACGCCCACAAAAGCAUCCAACAUGGUGAGGCCAGGAUCACGCAAGGAAGAAGAAUACGAGGAUGACGAUGGCGGCUGUGGUGACUGCCUCGCCAAGAUACUCCAGACUCCUGUCAUCAUAGCGGCCAGCAUCAUUGUCCCCGUCUUCAGCGUCACCUUCGUGGUCAUGGGCGCCAUCUUCUUGCAGGAUUGCACCAUCGAGCCCAUGAUUCCCGUCUGGCUCUUGGUCCAAGGUAUCAUCAUGCUGUUUGGUAUCGGUACGGGCGGCAUGGCGACCAGGAGCUACAAGUCGGGGAAAAGCGUGUCACUGCCGGUCAAAUUAGUGAGCUUCGUCGUGUCUCUGGCAACUUUCGCCUGGUUCAUCGGAGGUAACGUGUGGGUGUACCGCGCCUGGGCCCAAGACCCUGACUAUGCUCACUCCUGGUUCGAGAACGGUUGCAACAAGAGCGUUUUUAACGUCGCCUUCUACGGGGUUAUCAUCCUUGAUGCCCUCGCUAUCAUCUCCUUCAUCGUGGGCGUCUUGGCCUUCUGUCUCCGGGGAUGCUCUAGAUAAAAAAAGAUGAAAGAGAGAGACAAAUCUCCUCGACUUCUUUCCCGCUUUCAGUUUUCCAGCUUUGGUGAUUCUCCUCCGUGUGUGCGCUAGCCUCGAACCGGUCCCCAUUUUACCCGCAAAUAUCACACCUUUUCAAACUCCCUUUUCCCUUCCCGCCUUUAGCUCUCCUGUAGAUAGUUUAUCGUCGUUAGUUCCAAGAUCUUUCAGUUUAUUUGCAUAUAUAUUCUUAAGACUUCUCAUGGAGUAAAAUACGGUUAUGAAGCGUUGGUUGUUCAUGUUUUUUAUAUAGCUAACUUAAGGAAUAUAUUGGCAAUCAUAUUUUCUUAAGCCAUUGAAGUUUUCCCAAGCGAACACACUUUAAUGGCCUUCUGUUUUAUGUAAAUUCCAAAUAUUCAAUUUGUAUGAACUCUGUCUCAAACCAAAAUGUUUUAUCAAAUUUUAUUAUUCCGAUUUUUUUUUUUUUUUUUUUUUUUUUGGCGGGAAGGGGGAGGGGGUUCCGUGCCUAAAACAACUUAAGAUCCAUUGAUUUCAGAGACGGGCACCUUCCCAAACAGAUUAUAUUUUUGUGUAUAUUCGAAUAAUGAUUUGCAAGGAAGACUGAGUGUUUUACUCUGUUUCUGUAUCAGUUCGUUGAAUCGAUGUUAUUCUCUUGUUUUGACAAAUGAUAAUAAAAUAAAUGCCUCUA